CCUCUUGAGUGAUUGGUGUUGCGCUCGGCAGGGGGCGUCACCGUGCCCCGCCCACGUAUCUCCGCUGUUAGGCUCUUCCUGCUGAGUUGUGGUCGGAUCAUGCCGCUGCUGGGGACCUAUUAGGAUCUGUGAAAGGUGGGGGCGUGAGGGGCUCCUGUGUCCUGCCAUCUACACAGGUGUGAUUAUGUGGGCUGCUUGCUGUAACUGGCUGUGUGUAGAUACUGAGCCCGAAGAUAUCCCUCCGAUUGCCAGAACUCAUGAUCGCCCCAGUCAGAACAUCAGGACUUCUCCUCCAGUUUUAGAAAGUACCUGCAAAGCUUGUGGUACCAGACUACCAAACACCAACAGAAAAAACCCUUGUAUGGACUGUAGAAAUAAUUUCUGCACCUCAUGUUUAACACGAAUAAAUGACGGCCUACCUCUUUGUCAACUGUGCCGGAGGAUACGCUCCACUUCCUUUACCCGAGAGGAGUUACUCAAGCUCAAAGUAAAAGAUCUUCGGGACUAUUUAUCAAUGAGAGAUGUACCCACAGACUUGUGCAGAGAGAAAGAAGACCUUGUCCAGCUUGUCCUCACUCUAAGACCUGUUUCUUAUCCUGAUGUGACAAAUGUUCCAUCCUUUUCAUCCAAUCAGAACAGCCAAAUGACAGGUUCAAGUCAAAUACUCACCGAGCAAGACAUUCCAACAACAAACCAAGAAAGAUCUUCAGCUCCAGAAGACACACCACAAGUAGUGACAAAUGACCAGCCUGAAGAUGACGAGGAGGAGUCUUCAGACUCAGAAGAGAUACUUGUGCCUGGAAGAAGAGCGUCACUCUCAGACAUCAGCAACGUGGAUGACAUUGAAUCCUUGUCUGUGCGCCAGCUAAAGGAGAUUCUAGCCAGAAACUUUGUGAAUUACAAGGGCUGCUGUGAAAAGUGGGAACUGAUGGAACGUGUAACCAGAUUAUACCAGGACCAAAAGGAGCUUCAACAAAAAGUUACCAUGGGAGAAGAAGGCAAGUUCGGCCCAGCUGGUGAUGAAAACAUCUGCAAAGUGUGCAUGGAUUCCCCCAUCGACUGUGUACUUCUAGAAUGUGGUCACAUGGUGACCUGCACAAAGUGCGGCAUGCGUAUGAGUGAAUGUCCAGUCUGCCGACAAUAUGUAGUGAGGGCUGUACAUGUCUUCAGAUCCUGACACGGCAACAUGUGGUUGAGUCUUAAAGUAUAAAUCAUAUAUCGUAUCAAUCAAUACUGGAUGAGACAAGUUAAUGAAGCUCAGAUUUCAACAUGGAUCAACUAGUUAGUGCCUUGACACUAUUGCCUUAGCCAUUUUAUUAUUGGCCGAGCUUUCUUACUGAGACAACAGAGGUUUUUUUUUAUAAUUUUUUUUUCCCCAUUUUUUUUUUUUUUUUUUAAAGACUAAAGUUAGAUAUAAAUGGUCUUAAAUGAAGAAUGGCACAAAAACAUGAUGUUUUUGGAUACAAAAAGUUACCACAGUUGAAUAUUUCUUAGCAGCUGCGUUGAAUUUGGCUCAGUCUGACUUUCCUUUCUCUUAGGGAGUAGUCACUGAUAGAGUCUAAUUCUCUUUUAAUUAUUUUUACCUUGUAUGGGAACUGCAAUAUGCAAUACCAUCUUCUUACUGAAGUGUUUUUUUUCUGUAAUUGUGAAGCAAAGAGUACUUAACCAUCUGUGGUGCUUAAGGAUAUCGGUUUGAUACUUUCUCCAAGAAUUGUAUCAAAACACUAUUGAGCGGUAUGACCUUCUAUACUGUGGACUCAACAGCUGACGAAUCGUUACUUUCCUGUCUAAUGCUGCUUUAUUUGUAUUGUAAAAGAUGUUUCAUUGCUAAGCACAAACCUAGGAAGAAAUUAUUUUUAAACAGAUCUGAUAUUUUAUUAUGACGUUAAAACUUUUGUGAAUAGAUUUUAAGAAUGUACUCUGACUUUCAGGAGCAGUAAUGUGCCUUUUCAUCCAGUAUAAUAAUGCUCAGCUAUGGAAAUGAACUCCCUUUGUGACAGUCUCAUUGAAGAUAAUACUCAUUUUACACAGACAUUCGGGGAACAUCAGGCAUUGUAAAAGGGGAGGACUGAAUUACAAACAUUUCAUAAUAUGUAUGAUAUCACAAACCAAUGUCUUAUGUUGUAAAGGCUCAUACUGAGUGCAAUAUUCCAAUAAGUAUAGCUGUGACCCCUUAAUAAAAAGGCACAGUCUUGCUUUUACUUGCGAGCAUUCAUUUCCCGUUGUAGCACACACAUCUUCAGUCCUCUCUCGACCACAUUUGCAUACAUUAUUGCUCUGCCCAGGGCUAUGCAGGUUGCAAACCCUGGUCAGUGACUAGUGAUAUUGCAGCAUGUAUGCCCAGUAUUGGGUAGAUCAAUGGCUCUCAUAUUUAAACAGUCUUACAUCAGCCUACCUGUGUGGACAAGCACAUGCACAGGAGGCAUUAUUCCUCAAGCACAUAAGAGAUCAGCCGGUGACUUUGAUGUUUUUGGCUGCUACCUGUGAUAUCCAUUAAAAAGGCUAUACCAUGUAACUGGACUAAUGGGUGCUAUUUCUGUUAUGCAACAGCCCUCUGUGCCUCUUAAGGAGCUUUAUCAUAUUAAUAGUUUCAUAUUUGCACUCCAGGCUGUGGGGUAUUUUUACAUUUGAAGAGCACUGCUUUUUGUUUUUAAUAAAGUUAUGUGAUUUUAAACAAAA